AGAUUUUAAUGAACCAGUAGGAGAAAUCAUCAGUUAAACAAUUUGAGAACUCAACAUUCACGGAGAUUUGAUAAUUCUAGAUGCCCGAUGACCGGCCAGGAAAAGACAGAGUCAACGAUGCUGAUGAUGUAACAAACGAAAGAUGGGGGCGAUAUAGAUCGAUUGACGAAAAUGUGGAGUUGCCGGCUCCUCUGCUCCUCAGUGCUAGACCAAGGGGUUCCUUGGACCCUAGUCCUCCUGGAGCUAACCCCCUUAGUAUCGACCCUCUACCUCCUAUCACCAGAGCGAGCUGCACUUCCAUAGAAGAGGGACCCUCUCAAGAACCGGAUCGAAACAUGUCUUACGAAAGUAGCUUUAACGUAGCAGCCCUACCCGGACAGAGAGAAUGCUCCAAACUGGCAAUGAUUGGGAUGAGAGCACGGAAGUACUUUGCAAAUGCUUGCACGAAGGAAAAGUCACAAAACAUCUUCUUCGAGUACUUUCUACCAGCUUCACAGGUGAUAGCAAUUGGACACCCCUUCUUACACUAUCAACCAGGAGCAUACUUAUCCCAAUUUAGUAUCAUCGGUUACAUCCUCAUUGGAAUCAUCUUCUUAGUUCUAGGUCUAAAAUUGAAGUCGGAUGAGAUUAAGGACGCAAUGAGAAGUGCGCAUGUGUUUGUCGUGGCUAUCAUCUCCAGUCUUUUCAUUACGGGAUCCAUAGUGGCGGCCAUCACUAAGGAGCUACCAUACGAUCCAAUGGGAGCAGAAGAGAAGAUUUCGAUGUUCGGACCCUACGAGUUCAGAAUAGGACUCCUUCUCUACUACUCAGUUCCGUGCACGAUCACUGCUGGCAUCGUCCUUGUCGCUCAAGCUGAAGGAAACCUUCCCAUGGCCGGAGCUAUCGCCACCGUCGCUAAUGUUAUCGGCUGUUACACUACCCCCAUCCUUCUCAAACUCUUCCUUGCUAAUUUGGACGCCAAAUUUGACAUCGCUGGAGUCCUGAUAAAGCUGACCUGCUCGAUUCUCCUACCUGUGAUCGCAGGAAAACUUCUGCAGCUCAUCCCACAUGUGCCUCAAACUGUUAGCCGUUUCAAGAGAUGGAUUUCCGUUGUCACCAGUACCUGUCUCGCUAUCAUGCUGUGGAUGAAGGUUUCCAAAGCAGUACAAGACAAAGCAUUUGACGGUGUGAAAUGGCAAUCUCUUCUCGUGCUGAUCGCCUUCGUACUGGUAAUGUGCUUGAUCAACAUCUGCGUUAACUCUGCUUUCUCCGUCCUGCUGUGUCUGAGAAAUACCUACAUUAAAGUCAUGCUUCUUAUGGUCAGCCAGAAAACUUUGGUUAUGGCGGUAACGCUUGUCCAAGUCUUGCCUGAAACUCUUGGAGAGAUGGGACUUAUCCUGGUGCCAUGCUUCGUUGCCCAUCCCACUCAGAUCUUAGUAUUCAGUUUCAUUGCUCCACAACUGAAGAACCAUCCCUUCGACUUCACCUGUCCACGAUGGAUGCCAACCAGGGUAAUUGCCAUGUGCGAGUGGUUGAACCAAAACAACAAGGGCGUGCAAGACGCAGAGAAGCAAGCUGAAGUGAUAGCAAACGGUGCUGCAAACGGCGCUGUCAUCAAAGAUCAGCCGGAUAACAUGACUGACGUUGUCAUUGUCAAUGGUAAUGGUUUCCAUAACAACAACAACGGACAAAAUUCGUAAAACUCACAAUGCUCACACUGAGUAAGGAAGUAUGGAGACCAGUAACUUAGCUGUCCAGAUUCGUUUAUUUAUUUUCAGAGAGACACGAUUAAGUGCAUGAAUUUAAGAUCUAAACCCGGGUUGGAAUUCAACAUAAAGACUCUUAUAGUCUUAUCAAAGUCUAAGGCUAUCGAAUUGUUAAUACAGAAUAAGAAAAUGUAGUUGAUCAGUCAGGAUGAAACUGGGGCAAUAUAGCACACAUACAAUUCUCUGUCGCGAGUCCAGGUCGACUUUACCAAUGUGGUGGCUAGUAGCCUGUGUCCGUGACUGACAGACGUUUGUGUUUUAUAUUGCCGAAACAUAUCCAAUUCCCAUUGAUGUUGUGAUUUAUUCCGACUUCGGCCAGAUUUGAAUCACAGGAUCACUGGCAAUAGUAUGUGUCAGAAUUUCUGGGACUUGUAUCAACUACGCGUAAUCUUGACGGAUGAUACCCGUCUAAAUUAUUCGAAGUAGCGCACGCCGGUCAGUCCAUCAACAAAGGACAACGUAUAAUGAAGGAAUUAUAAUAGUAAACAACGAGAUUUAAAACACUUGGCCACUUUAUUUGAGUACUUUGGCGUUAACUUUUAAAAUAUUUUUACGAUUUUUACUUUACACAACAAAGAAUUGAUUGCAUUUAUAGCUCGGAGAGCAUUGAAUCUCCUUUUAUAUUAUGUGAUUGAGUGUCAAUGUCAGUUACACCCGACGACACUAUUGAGGCAUGUUAUACAGUUUAAUUUUAUCUGAAGAUAUCGGUUUAUUGCCGCCAACAUUGAUGUUGAACAAUACGGGAAUUUUAGUCAAACUUACGUUUGACAACCCCCUUGUUUUGAGAAAGGCGAUAUUCUCUUGACCUCCAGGUUGUCUUUGGGCCUCCAGGUUGUCCUGGGGCCUGACGCCUUUCCGACAUGUGAUUGGGAGGAUUUGCAUGGAGGUUGAGAGAUAAUCUUGAGAGUUUCAAAACAGGCGCAUGACAUAGAUAUUGAGUCUAUGUUUAAAGAGGCCGGGGGUUCCCAUUUCUAAUGGUAUUUAUUCUGCUUUGUUGUACUCGUUGCACUUCUGCAACCUACUAAACGAUAAAUUGAUCGGUACCAAUUUUACGGUACCUUAUUAAUGAAGUUAUCAUUUUUCAUUUCCCAUAGGCCGCGAAUAGUGUUAAUUUGUUCUGACUACCAGAUUACAAAGAAUAUUCAAUCAGCAUGUUAUUGCGACCUUGUGAUUCGAUUUUAAUUGAUUUAAAUUUA